GAGCGGCGCUUCCGGCGGGCGCGGAGCGAGGCACGGCCCGGCCGGAGCCGCGUGUGAGCAGCGCCGAGGCUGUGGCUGCCCGCCCGCCGCCGGCCCCGGCCUGCCCGCCCGCAGGAUGUUCAAGAAAUUUGAUGAAAAGGAGAAUGUAUCAAACUGUAUCCAGCUGAAGACUUCCGUUAUUAAAGGCAUCAAGAAUCAACUGAUAGACCAGUUUCCUGUUAUUGAACCAUGGCUAAACCAAAUCAUGCCAAAGAAAGAUCCAGUCAAAAUAGUAAGAUGUCAUGAACAUAUAGAAAUCCUCACUGUGAAUGGGGAGUUGCUGUUCUUCAGGCAAAGAGAAGGGAUUUUUUACCCGACGCUAAGGUUGCUUCACAAAUACCCAUUUAUUCUCCCGCAUCAGCAGGUUGAUAAAGGCGCCAUUAAAUUCGUCCUGAGUGGAGCUAAUAUAAUGUGCCCUGGCCUGACAUCUCCUGGAGCAAAGCUUUACCCUGCUGCUGUUGACACUGUUGUUGCAAUUAUGGCAGAGGGGAAACAACAUGCAUUGUGUGUGGGAGUAAUGAAGAUGUCAGCUGAGGACAUUGAGAAGGUCAACAAAGGGAUUGGUAUUGAGAAUAUCCACUAUUUAAAUGAUGGCCUUUGGCAUAUGAAGACGUACAAGUGAAACAACAGGAACUGUUACUCCAAAGGAAUGCACUUAGAUUAAAUGUGGACUGCUUUGUAAUUCCUUGUUUUUAAUGUGACUGAAUGUACAAAUUAUUUUGUUCUGUGGCUAUGCUAAAUAAAUCAGUUGAAUGCAAAAGUAGUGUUAGGCUACAAUAGUUUUCUAGAUUUCUUUUUAUUACAGUUAUUUUGUUUUGUCUUAAACCUGAGUCUUCAGUGACUGAAGAUAUUUGAUGAAAGACUCUGCAUGGACUGUGAGUAGACUAUUUCAAAUGGAAAGGAGGAAAAAGCCAAGAAAUGUUUACAUUUUUGUGCUCUUCUAAAAGCGUAAUAUAAAGUGUGUGUGAAAUAUAAAUAUGGUUUACAAAACUUCUGAAGCAUUUCAGAUUUUUUCUUGACACCUUGUUAGUCUACCUAGUUUCUUGAAUGUGGAGAAAUCAGGUUUUUGGACAUUAUUUUUUAACUUAUUAAGAGCAUUAACUUCAUUUUACUUAAGGAGUUUCUCUUUUUAAUAUGCAUUUGUCUGUAUAGGAUUUAUGAACUCAGACUGAUAUGUGGGUUAGAAAUUCUUUUAUGGUGGCUCAUAUCUGAAGACUGUAUGUGUGUUCAGAUUUCUACCUGCCAACACUUUGAUACUGCUCUCCUUCUAGAGGAGUUUGUAGUACUGGUGGGCACACUGCCAGUGAAGCGUGUGCCACCCUGGUGCCUGAUGCUCUCUACUCCCUGUGUGCCGCCUUAUUUUAGGAGCAAAAACAAAAUCACUGUUAAAUAAAGGCAUGACAGCAAAACAUGUUUUUGAGUUUAGCCAGGAGCAACUUUUUCAGGUGGAACUUGAAGAGCUCUCAGCUUGUGCACACUGCCACACGUCUCUGUACAGCUACAGAAGGGGUUCAGGAGCACUGUGUGUCUGUCUGGAUAACCCAGUCCUUUGUUCAGCAUACCCAAAGCUAUGCCUAUGGAAAAAUGGAAAACUGUAAUAAAUUAAGGAAACUUU